UCCGAUCCACCACCACAUCAUAGGUAUUAUUACUCUGAUCUUCCCUUUUCAAGCAUUACUACUUUCUCCUCUUAGUUUUCUUGUUUCACCAACCAAGCUCUCUUUCUUGAUCUCUAUCUUUAUGUCAACUCUAUGCUCUCUUGUAUUGUGUUCUUUUCCUUUUCAACAAAUUUUGUUCACUAGUCACUAGUAUUUCCUAACACUUUGUACUCAUGAUGAUCUCUACCUAUCUUUGCAUAAAACCCUCACGGGUACUUAGGAAGAAUAUUCAAGAGCAAUGGAAAAGUGUAGUAGAGAGACGUUGCUUUUCAUUUUUAUAACAAUAUCAUCAGUGGCAACCAGUACAAGUACAUGGAUGCCGAUGGAUGGAAAUUAUGGUGCUAGCUAUUGCUUAAGCUGGAGACUAGCAGUAGAGACCAACAAUGUACGUGCGUGGCGCAUUGUUCCUCUGCAGUGUCUGCGUUACGUUGAGGUAUAUAUGCUUGCUGGUCAGUAUGACAGAGACGUCCAGUUGACUGUGGACCAAAUCAAAGUUUAUCUCAAUGAGAUUAUCCUUCCUGGUGAUGGCAUGGACGCAUGGAUCUUGGAUGUUGAUGAUACUUGCUUCUCAAACGUCUUUUACUAUCGGCUUAAGAGAUAUGGAUGUGACCCUUAUGAUCCAACUGGAUUUAGAACAUGGGCGAUGAAAGGAGAGUCUCCAGCAAUACAACCUGUUCUUGAAUUGUUCUAUAAACUGAUAGAAACAGGCUUCAAAGUUUUCCUAGUAACCGGAAGAGACGAAGAGACCCUUCGCCAGGCAACACUAGAGAAUUUGCAUAACCAAGGAUUCACUGGUUAUGAAAGGCUGAUUAUGAGGACAGCGGAUAACAAAAGACAAAGCGCAACAACAUACAAAACAAGAAUCAGAAAGGAGAUGAUGGAAGAAGGUUACAGGAUAUGGGGAAAUGUAGGCGACCAAUGGAGUGACUUACAAGGAGAAUAUUCAGGGGAUCGUACCUUCAAGAUUCCUAAUCCUAUGUACUUCGUUCCCUAAUCAAAAAAUUUACUAUAACCAUUCCUAUCAAUUAUAUGUACAACAUACACAAAGGGUAUGUCUCAACUUAAGCUAUGUGUUAAGAUGUGAGUUUCUCCUAGUCCCAUCCAAAACCAACAAGCCCUUACCACCCAAAUUCAAGAGACCAGCCCAUAAAUUCCCAAAAUGUACAAAAGUGACUAUCACUAUAAGGAAUCUCAAAUCAAAGGAAUAAGUUCAAUGGUAUAUCUAUAGGGCUAGGCAAAAAAAUAUAUGAAAGAAACAAAUAAACCAAAUCAAACGAUAAG